AUGAGGACUGACUCUUCCUCGCCAAGUGCAGUUUUUCAGGCUGAAACUCUGAACGGUGUAGAUGUUCCCAUUGCGCAAACGAAGGAGGGGAUUCGUUCCGAAGUUCUCAAGCUGUUAUCGAGAAACCUCAGCCCACAUCUCAAUGAUUUAGUCGACUCACUAAAAUCGGCUGUGGCCUUGUGCAACAAACUUACUAAUGAUGUUGAAGAAAUGCAAGGAUCUGUUGCAACGUGCACCGCAUCCGUUAGAGAAACAAAGGAUAAGGUUCCUGACCAGAUUGUACCGAUGGCGACAACAUCAGCAUCCAAGGCACUCUUGGAGUCGUCUAAGGAGCAGAGGCUGCCGCCGCAUCUAGUCAAUAGGCUAUUAUUGAGAAAAUCUCUCACAAACAAAAAUGACAGCGCCAACUUGAAUGGAGUACGUUCAUCAUUUGCAAAGGCUCCUCGGGAUUUCUUUGCGAUUCAAGCCCCUCCUCUUCCGAACUACACUCCUCCGGACAUCACUCUAAACAUCGGUGGGAGCAUUGUCAUUGUUCCUAUGCAACCACCUCUCAUUCUCUCCGCCUCGCCUGCGGUGGGAGGUAUCUCCAUCGAAGGUCGAUUAGACCAGUCUUCCCUCACGCUGCAAUUCCAGCCAGCCAAUGUUUAUUACCUCUAUUCCUACACUCCCACUGAUGGUGAUGCCAUUAAAGUCCAGCUAGGGAUCGCUUGGACCAAGAUCGCUGUGAUUACCGCGCCUAACUUGCCUCUUUCCUUCGUGGCGGUUAACUUGCCUCCGAACAGCGUGCAUUUCUUUGUGAUGCAUGGGGUAGAUGCGCUAGGCAGAACAGGGGAAUGGUCGAACAUUGUUAAAGCCAUUGUCAACUAG